GCCGACCGUUUUCGAAAUGCUUUUCUGACACGUAAGCUGCAUGUCUUGACGGCAGAGUUAUGUAGCCCACACAACUUGGUGAGCUGUUGAACACCGACUCAGAAUGACAGAGCUCGUAUUGUGCUUGCUUUUUCUUUCUUUUUAGUCAUGGUGGCGUAAGAGAACAAAUAAUUACAAGUGAUCCAUUAACCAGAAUUAAACACAGGGUGGCUGAACGUCGAGCCCUUGUGUAUACUUCUGGCCAUUUUCUGCUGAAGAGAGGCCGAUGGCUGUUCUGCUUGAUAUCGGACGAGGGCCAACUCUCUGGAACUGGAUACGCGAAAACGGAGUGCUUGGAAACACAGCUGAUAUAUAGAUACGAUGAAGCACCCAGUGUUCGCCACAUCACCGGUCGCCAUGACAACACUGGUCAUGAUGGUGGUGGCUCUAGCGGCUUCGUUGGGGUUAGUGGCAGCUGCAAGGGACACGCCUGGCAGGUGCAAGGAAUCCUUCUGCCGCAGGUUGUGCGUCGCCUGGCGCCACCUGACGGGAGUGUGUCUCGAGUUCUGGCCGUACAGGGACGAGAAGAGGUGCCACUGCUCGGACGUUUGGUUUCGUUCGCCAAAACGAGGGCGCGCCAUUGGAAGGUUUUCCGAUCGGCAUGUGUUUCGACUGGUGACGCCACCUCAGCUUGUGCAGCGACGGAUACAGCGUUAGGCGAGCCUUAGAAGGAUAUUCCUACGUUGAAAAAGAAGAAGAGAAGCCUAGUUACUAUAAAAUUGUAUAUACACAGGGAUGGUUUAUGCAUACAGUGUGGUGAACCAAAAACAAUUGAACACUUUCUCCUUGCCUGUCGCUGACUUUCCUCAGUAAGAAUAAGGUUGCUCGAGGUCGCUAUAAACAAGCUUGGCCUCAACAUGAACGUCCCUGCCCUGCUUCC